AUGAGUCAACCACACGACGACACUCUUUCCGAAGAACCUCUCGGAGGCGGAGAAGGAGGAGCAAAUCCUUCAAACUCCUCUCGUCAUCACUAUUACAGCCUUGCUGCAGAAAAUUUUUCAGCACCUCAAAAGAAACGUAUCGGUUUAGGAACGUUGGCUAUUUUGUUCGGAAUUGGAUGCGUGAUUAUUUCAGCAUUGAUCGUUUUGAUUGUUGUGAGCGCAGUGUUGUAUUGGGGCCCUGGACAAAACAAAAAGAUUUAUCCCAAUCCAUCGUAUACACCCAGUAGUGAUUAUUUACAUUUCAUUGUCGUUGGAGAUCAAGGAAGAGGAAAUGAUGAACAGAAAAAAGUUGCUGAGAGUAUGGCUCGAUAUUACAAUAUUUAUGAUAAUGGAGUGACAGAUGUCAAUGAUGUGCAAUUUAAAACAAAAUUUGAAGAUAUUUAUGUCCAAGAGAGCUUGAAGAAUUUGGAUUGGUAUUUUGUUUUGGGUAAUCAUGACUAUAGAACAAAUCCAGAAGCUCAGAUUGCAUAUUCACAAUUGAGCAAGAGAUGGAAGCUGCCUAAACAAUUUUAUAAUUUUGACAAGAUUUCUACUGAAAACAAAUUUAAAGUGUCAUUUGUCAUGUUAGAUACAAAUCCAUUUGUGAACAAGUACUUCUCAGAUUCAAGAGCUAAUCAAACAGCAUUGAACCAACAACGAGCAUUGAAUAACGAACAAGUCAAAAUGGUUGAGAAUAUUUUGAAUACCAAUAUGAACAAGAAUGAUACAUGGACUUUGGUUGUGGGUCAUCAUCCAUUGUUUAGUGCUGGAUCACACGGUCCUGUCACUCAAGAACUUGUAGAUAAUUUUGAACCUCUCUUUGUGAAAUACAAGUUGCCCAUGUACUUGUGUGGACAUGACCAUUUGUUAAAUUGGCUUUCAAAUUCAGAUAGUGCUUUUCCAACACAGUAUGUCAUUUCUGGUGGAGGUGCUGGAAAUACACGACCCAUGAUUUACAACAAGUACUCAUUGAAUGAUUUGAACGAUUCUGGAUUUUUCUCUGUUGAAGUUCAACAGAGCUUUAUGUUUGUGAGAGCUUUUGACAAGUACGGAACUGAGGUUUGGAAAUUUAAAAUUUCGAGGCCUCCUCAAUAA